AUGGCGGAUCCAAGCAUGGACGUCAGUCAAUCGAUCGAGGAAGAUAUGCCAGAUUUCUUCUUCCGUGAAACGACUACUUCAAAGAAGUUCCUAGCUUUCCCGAACAUUUGUUUCGACGAAGCUGAUGGUAUACUUGAGCAUGACUAUAGUGGUUAUUUUAUGCAAAACAGAAGUGCUUCUGGAGCUCUUGGGUUACAUCCUCUACAAAAGAUGACCACGGCAAUGCGGAUCCUCACAUAUGGAAUAGCAGCUGAUGGUGUUGAUGAGUACAUCCGGUCCGCUGAGGCUACUAAUUUAGAGUCUUGCAAGAAAUUUGUGAUCAAAGUUUGUGAAGUUUUUGGGGAAAAGUACGUGAGAUCUCCAAAUGAAGAAGACAUUGCUAGGUUACUUGCAAUAGGGGAGGAAAGAGGAUUUCCCACCGACGGCCACACUCCUCCAGUGAAGUAUAGCAUCAAUGGCCAUCAGUACACAAUGGGGUAUUACCUUGCAGACGGUAUCUAUCCACGGUGGGCAACAUUUGUGAAGAGCAUGCCAGCUCCAACUAGCAGAAAGCAUAAAACUUUUGCCAAGAAGCAAGAGGGGACUAGGAAAGAUGUGGAACGAGCCUUUGGAGUUCUGCAAUCCCGUUUUGCCAUUGUUCGUGGACCUGCUAAAGGAUGGAAACGUAAAGAAAUUAGUGAUGUCAUGAAAGCUUGUGUCAUAAUGCACAAUAUGAUAGUUGAAGAGGAGCGACAAACUGCUAUCAAUAAAAAUAUGUAUGCAAUGAGUGAUGUAAUCCAUGUCCUCAACUAG